GCCCUAUAAGUGCCCAAGGCCCAGCCUCCGCAGAGUCCCAGAGAAAGAGAGACCAGGAAGAGAGAGGGAGUGAGGAAAAGCCACCCCUGUGGCCCAGACCACUGGUCAGGGUUCAGAAGGCUGAGCAGCAUGUGGGAACUUCGAUCCAUAGCCUUCUCCAGGGCCGUGCUGGCGGAAUUCCUGGCCACACUCCUUUUCGUUUUCUUUGGCCUUGGCUCAGCCCUGCAGUGGGCCAGCUCCCCACCCUCUGUGCUCCAGAUUGCUGUGGCCUUUGGCCUGGGCAUCGGCACCCUGGUGCAGACUCUGGGCCAUGUCAGCGGGGCCCACAUCAACCCUGCUGUGACUGUGGCGUGCUUAGUGGGCUGCCAUGUCUCCUUCCUCCGAGCUGCCUUCUAUGUGGCUGCCCAGCUGCUGGGGGCUGUAGCCGGGGCAGCCAUACUCCAUGAGAUUACUCCAAUAGAAAUCCGCGGGGACCUGGCUGUCAAUGCUCUCCACAACAACGCAACAGCGGGCCAGGCUGUGACGGUGGAGCUCUUCUUGACCCUGCAGCUGGUACUCUGCAUCUUUGCCUCCACUGAUGAUCGCCGCAGUGACAACCUGGGCAGCCCUGCUCUCUCCAUCGGUUUCUCUGUUACUCUGGGCCACCUCCUUGGGAUCUACUUCACAGGCUGCUCCAUGAAUCCAGCACGCUCCCUGGCUCCAGCAGUCGUCACUGGCAAGUUUGAUGACCACUGGGUCUUCUGGAUCGGACCCCUGGUGGGCGCUAUCAUCGGCUCUCUCCUCUACAACUACCUGCUGUUCCCUUCGACAAAGAGCCUGCAGGAGCGGCUGGCGGUGCUCAAGGGCCUAGAGCCCGACACCGACUGGGAAGAGCGCGAGGUCCGGCGGCGGCAGUCGGUGGAGCUCCACUCACCGCAGAGCCUGCCGCGCGGGAGCAAGGCCUGA